GUAACAGAAAAUCCCACUAUCGAGUGUAGUAGUGGUAGUAUCAAAUCAUCGCAGCAGAAGCUGCCAUGAACAGCUGCUUCUGUAUCUAUAUAUAUUAAGGCUUUGUAUUCAUCCACUGAAUUUGAUUUUGGGGGGUUUCUGAACAUUUUUAUAUAAUCGUCAUGUAUAUAACUGCUGCUUCAUCAUCAUCAUAUGCGCUUUUGAGAGCUUCUAGGGUUCGCUUCGCGUCUUUUCUCUCUAGAACUUCUUCAUUUUCGCCUUCUCUCUCUAGACCUUCACUUUCUUCUCCUCUGUCGUCGCCUUCUUUGGUUAGUUACCGUUCGAUUAGCUUCUCGUCGGCGUUUCGAUCCCUCCGCCAUUCUGUCCCUCGCUGGAGUCACGGUGUUGACUGGCGAUCGCCCCUCAGUCUUAGGGCUCAGAUCCGAACCGCGUCUCCUGUGAUCGAACGCUUAGAGCGAAGGAUCGCGACUAUGGCUUCUGAGCACACUUUCAAGGGAAUAUUGACUGGUCUUCCUAAGCCUGGAGGUGGUGAAUUUGGAAAAUUCUACAGCUUACCUGCUUUAAAUGAUCCAAGGGUUGACAAGUUGCCAUAUUCUAUCAGGAUACUUCUGGAAUCUGCUAUACGUAAUUGUGACAACUUCCAAGUUACAAAAGAUGAUGUGGAGAAGAUCAUUGAUUGGGAGAAUACUUCACCAAAGCUAGUUGAAAUUCCUUUUAAGCCUGCUCGUGUUCUAUUACAGGAUUUUACUGGAGUUCCAGCUGUGGUUGACCUUGCUUGUAUGCGCGAUGCUAUGAACACGCUUGGUAGCGACUCUAACAAGAUCAAUCCCUUGGUUCCGGUGGAUCUUGUCAUUGAUCAUUCAGUUCAGGUUGACGUAGCAAGAUCUGAAAAUGCAGUACAGGCAAAUAUGGACCUUGAAUUCCAGAGAAACAAAGAGAGGUUUGCUUUUCUUAAAUGGGGAUCGACUGCUUUUCAUAAUAUGCUCGUUGUUCCUCCUGGUUCUGGAAUCGUCCACCAGGUUAAUCUAGAAUACCUUGGGCGGGUUGUUUUCAAUACUGAUAGCAUUCUUUACCCCGAUAGCGUGGUUGGAACUGAUUCUCACACAACUAUGAUUGAUGGGUUAGGAGUUGCUGGCUGGGGAGUGGGAGGAAUUGAGGCAGAGGCAGCGAUGCUUGGCCAGCCCAUGAGCAUGGUUUUGCCUGGUGUCGUUGGAUUCAAAUUGUCUGGGAGAUUGUGCAAUGGUGUCACAGCAACUGAUUUGGUUUUGACUGUAACGCAAAUGUUGAGGAAACAUGGUGUUGUUGGCAAGUUUGUUGAGUUCUAUGGUGAUGGUAUGGGGGAAUUAUCAUUGGCUGAUAGGGCCACUAUUGCAAAUAUGUCACCGGAAUAUGGAGCUACCAUGGGUUUCUUCCCUGUAGACCAUGUCACAUUACAGUACCUCAAAUUAACUGGAAGAAGUGAUGCGACGGUGGAAAUGAUUGAAGCUUAUUUACGUGCAAACAGAUUGUUUGUUGACUAUAGUGAGCCUCAACUAGAAAGAGUAUACUCAUCUUAUCUGCAGUUGGACCUAGCCAAUGUUGUACCUUGUAUUUCAGGACCGAAACGACCUCAUGACCGAGUUCCUUUGAAAGACAUGAAAGCUGAUUGGCAUUCAUGUCUUGAUAGCAAAGUUGGAUUCAAGGGCUUUGCUGUACCAAAGGAGGCACAGGAUAAAAUUGCAAAGUUUUCUUUCCAUGGUCAGCCUGCAGAGAUCAAGCAUGGUAGCGUUGUGAUAGCAGCUAUCACUAGUUGCACAAACACUUCAAACCCUAGUGUCAUGCUUGGUGCUGCUCUUGUUGCAAAGAAAGCAUGUGACCUUGGUUUGGAGGUCAAGCCAUGGGUAAAAACAAGCCUUGCCCCUGGUUCUGGAGUUGUUACUAAAUAUUUGCUCCAGAGUGGUCUUCAAAAAUAUUUGAACCAGCAAGGCUUUCACAUUGUUGGCUAUGGCUGCACAACGUGUAUAGGAAAUUCCGGGGACCUUGAUGAAUCUGUUGCUUCUGCAAUUACAGACAAUGAUAUUGUUGCUGCUGCUGUGCUUUCUGGAAAUAGAAACUUUGAGGGCCGUGUGCAUCCGCUGACAAGAGCUAACUAUCUUGCUUCUCCACCACUAGUUGUAGCCUAUGCACUUGCUGGCACGGUUAACAUAGACUUUGACAAGGAGCCAAUUGGAACUGGAAAGGAUGGUAAAAGUGUAUACUUCAGGGAUAUCUGGCCCAGUACUGAAGAAAUUGCAGAGGUGGUUCAAUCAAGUGUACUGCCUGAUAUGUUCAAGAGCACUUAUGAAGCUAUCACGAAAGGCAAUGCAAUGUGGAAUCAGCUAUCAGUUCCCACAGGCACUCUUUAUUCUUGGGACCCAAACUCGACUUACAUACAUGACCCCCCGUACUUCAAGGGUAUGACCAUGGACCCACCAGGUCCUCAUGGAGUGAAGGAUGCCUACUGUUUGCUCAACUUCGGUGACAGUAUUACCACAGACCAUAUUUCUCCAGCAGGAAGUAUACACAAGGACAGCCCUGCUGCCAGGUACCUCCUUGAGCGUGGGGUUGAUCGCAAGGACUUCAAUUCUUAUGGUAGUCGUCGCGGUAAUGAUGAGGUGAUGGCAAGGGGCACCUUUGCUAAUAUUCGUAUUGUCAACAAGCUCUUGAAAGGAGAAGUUGGCCCAAAGACUGUUCACAUUCCAACUGGAGAGAAGCUUUAUGUGUUUGAUGCAGCAAUGAGGUACAAGGCUGAUGGACACGACACCAUUGUUCUGGCUGGAGCGGAAUAUGGAAGUGGCAGUUCUCGAGACUGGGCUGCUAAGGGGCCAAUGCUACAGGGAGUAAAAGCAGUGAUUGCCAAGAGCUUUGAGAGAAUUCAUCGCAGUAAUCUGGUCGGAAUGGGCAUUAUUCCUCUGUGUUUCAAAUCUGGUGAGGAUGCAGAUACACUAGGCUUGACCGGUCAUGAGCGUUACACUAUAGAUCUUCCAAGCAAAGUCAGUGAGAUAAGGCCUGGCCAAGAUGUGACUGUGACAACAGACACCGGCAAGUCUUUCACAUGCACAGCCCGCUUUGACACAGAGGUUGAGUUGGCAUAUUUUGAUCAUGGUGGCAUCCUUCCGUAUGUCAUCCGGAAUCUGAGUAAACAGUAAAUGUUUCGAGUUUUUGGACCUACAGUCUCUUCUCUUCUCCUCUGGCGAGCUUCCUCUAUUGCGGGUAUUUUAGACAGAGAGAGACACGGCGGUAUGUAAAUCGUGUUCCAUCGUAGAACACUACUAUGCUAUAAUUCUUGCCCUUCACUAUUUCACUUUGCAAGGUUUUUCAAUAAAAAAGAAAGGGGGGAAAAUAUGCUUUUGUUUUUUGUUUUUUUCACUCCCUUUCGCAAGCCUAGAUGACCUUUUCCCUUGUUCAGAAUUGGAAAAACUGAUAAUAUAGGCAAGCAACCCUUGAUGGGUGUGUAGACGUGCCAGUUAACUGCGUCCUUCCGAGUACCACUAUUUUUUAGUAUUUUAUGUGUUUCAUUUAUUUGGGCCAAAAACAAAAACUCUUCGGAACCAUCUCAAUUUUGCAAAUAAUUCCUUGUCAUAUAUGAUAAAUAUUGCUCUUUCAACUUUCAAA